AUGCCACCCAACGGACCACGCGAUCCGUACGCCGGGCCUGAAGCAGGGCCCGAACCGCCGUUUCCCAUCAAGCUGUGCGGGCCGGUGAUCAAGGGGUUUGGGAGGGGGAGUAAAGAGCUCGGCAUUCCCACAGCCAACAUCCCCACGGAAGGUCUUUCGACCGAGCACCCAACGCUGCCCAGCGGGAUCUACUACGGUUUCGUGGGCCUGUCGUUGAAAAGCUGCCCGUCUGCAGCUGCACCGGCACCGACUUCGACUCCCAGCACCAAUACCAACACCAAUCCCACCUCCUCGUCAUCCUCGAUAUCCUCCGCCCCCGACUCUUCAACCUCAUCCUCAAUCCCCGCUCCGCCCCUCGUGUCGAUCCACCCGGCCGUCCUCUCCAUCGGCUUCAACCCCUUCUACAAGAACACGGUGCGCUCCGUCGAGAUCCACAUCCUGCACGAGUUCCCCCGGGACUUUUACGGCGCCGCCCUCAAUUUGCUCAUCCUGGGGUACAUCCGGCCCGAGUACGACUACGUCAGCCUGGACGCCCUGGUCGAGGACAUCCACGUCGACUGCGCCGUCGCGGCGCGCAGUCUCGAGCGGCCCGCCUACCAGGCCUUUCGGCAGGCCGGGUGGGAGAGCUGGUUGACGGACUUUUCGUGGAUGGACAAGGUGGAUGCCAAGGAGGUGGAGAGGGUCGUGUUGGGUCAAGACGGGAAGGGGCAGGGUUAG